GCGUUACGACAGCACGUUUAUUUUUACACGCCCGUGUUAUACACACGCGAACGUAUCCGCGUGUUAUCAACAUUACAAAAUGAAACAAUAAAUAAUUAAAAUAGCAUUCAGUCAAACAUAUCGUCCCUAGAUUUAUUUUUAUUAUGUGAAUACUAUAAAUCAUACGUAAAAGUACAUAAUAUUAUUGAAUGAUUACCUAAGUACCGAGUUAUCCGUGUCAAAAUUCCAAAUAUCUACUCAGAUUUAAUAGAUCACGCCAACAAAAAGUUACUAAAGUAAAUCAGUUUUGCAGAUAAAAUUUAACUUCUUAAAUUAUUAAAAAAAUUAGUACUAGUAGUACUUUUAUUCAGAAUUUUUCAAAAAAGUUAACUGAAAAAAAUUGUCAUAAACUAGCAUCAGCAUUUUUCACGUGAUAAACACCUAGGAAAUUAGUUUAUGCACCAAAAGAAUAUUUUUGCCUGUGUCUAAAACGAAUAAAAAAAAUUAAAUAAAUAAAAAAUGGAAGUAGACCGUAUCCUGUACAUUUUCGGAAGCUUCUCCCGUAAGAAACAAGAACGUAGAAAAUCUUUGGAACCUUCAUCAAUAAGUGCUGGCAACAGCCCCUUGAAAACAUCGAAAAAUUUCCGACCAACCAGCCAGAACAUAUCCAUAGCUCCAAGGACGUCUGCGUAUGGGGAGAGGAAGAGAGCCAGGGUGAAGGACUGGGAGUGUGGCAUCUGUAGGAGAGAGCUGGUGGAGCCGAGGCUUUUGUGCUGCCUCCACAGUUUCUGCACGAGAUGUCUCCAAGGAUUGCACCAGGAUGGCGAGGCUGCUGCAUGGGAAGAUGGCGAUGCAGGGUCCUUGCAACAUGAUCCAGGAGGAUGGGCCUCAGGAGCUGGUUCAGCAGGGUCUGGCUACGAGAGUGAUUUCCGCAAGUCAGGCUCUGACACUAGUUUGGACAAGCUGAAAUUGUAUGGGAUCGUUACUAGAAAGAUAUCAGGAAGGAACUACCACUUCAUCUUAUGUCCGACGUGUGGAUCGGAGACGCAGCUGCCACUCGGCGGCAUUUCAGCGUUGCCGCUCAACUACGUGUUGUUGCGGCGGAUGGCCAACCGGGAUAGCGGGAAUGCUGUGCUAUGUGACCUCUGCUGCACUGAUAAUAAGGCCGCCAGUCGCUGCGGUGCGUGUCUAGUGAGCGUGUGCGCAGCGUGUGGCGAGGCGCAUACGCAGCAGCGAGGCCACGCCACGCAUCUGCUGCAGCCGCUCGAACCGGUGCUGCGGUUCUGUGCACAGCAUCCCAAGCUGCAGCUCACUGUGUACUGCGCCACUUGCCAACAGGUAAUUUGCAGAGACUGCUGCCUUAUCGCCCACACUGGGCACGCAGUAGCUAACGCAUCCCGUGCGGCGAAUGAACGGGCAAGUGCCUUGAGAGAUGCGUGCGAGCGAACCAAACAUGUGCCGGAUAACGUGGAGAGAGCGAAUCGGAUCUUGGAACUACAUGCUUCGGAUGUUGAGGCCCAAGCUGCUCGCAUAGAGAGCGAGAUUCGAGUGUGGUCAGAGGAAUACAGACUAGCAGUGGAAGCUCAUGGCCGAGCGCUGUGCAGCGCCGCCGUGCGAGCCAGGGCGGCGUACAGGCAACGUAUAGAGGACAAGACGCGACAGCUGGAGGAGAGGGCUGCACACUCGGUGGAAGCUGUCAAGUUUGCUGAGGAGCUUAUCAAAGAAGGCAAAGAAGAUGAGGUCCUCUCACUCAGCGGGCCAGUACUCCGUCGUUUGGAGCGCCUCACAGAACUUCAGCCGUUGUCAGAGCCCCCGCGCUGUGAACUGCGCUUUGCCCCCGCAGCCCCUGCCACUCACCGACCUACGUUAGUGGGGAGGCUGUUCACUUUGGCACCAGAUCCUGACCACUGCGUGCUAGAAACUGAUGGUCUCCAAGAUCUUCAGGUCAACGUCCAGCACACGGCAAUAGUAGAACUUCGCGACAGCAGUGGGGAACGCAUUUGGUGUGGUGGAGAAAAUGUAGCGGGUUAUUUCAGAAGGCGUGACUCAAGCGCGCGUCCGGCGGUCGCUAAAGUCCGGGAGCGAGGAGACGGGACGUACGCGCUGCACUUCACUCCACACAGCCCCGGACACUUUCUACUCGCUGUUACCGUUAACAACACGCCUAUUAAGGGCAGUCCAUUCUCGUGCGCGGCGCGUAUGUCGAAGGCUCACACAGGGCAGUUCCAUUGCUGCGCGUUUUGCUCCUCGGGAGGGAAGAAAAGCGCUACAUGCGGCUGUGGCUCGUCUAUGGGAGGGGGUUAUAAAGGUUGCGGCCAUGGACACGCGGGCUGGCCGGGCGCGCGCCACUGGUCGUGCUGCGGCAGCACAGCGCGUCACUCCACCUGCACGCGGCCUAGCCACCAGCUCUACCAGUUCUCAUUGUGAACCUUAUACACAUAACAAUAAAGACUAAUAUACGUAUUAUUCGA